GGCCGGCGGCACCCCCGGGAGGCCCCAAAGCCUGUUACCCGGAGAAAGCCCCUCCCCACGGGCGGAGACGGCGCCGAGGAGUCGCCGCCCUGGCCCCACCGCCUGGCCAGUACCCCGAGGCCACUGCAGCAACGCCAAGUUCUCCAUCAGUCUGUCCUGGAGCAUGGGUUGCUGAUGGCCAUGGAAGGCUACCGGGGCUUCCUGGGACUGCUGGUGUCCGCGCUGCUCGUGGGCUUCCUGUCGGUGAUCUUCGUGCUCAUCUGGGUCCUGCACUUCCGAGAGGGGCUUGGCUGGGACGGCGGCGCGCUCGAGUUUAACUGGCACCCGGUGCUCGCCGUGACCGGCUUCGUCUUCAUCCAGGGCAUCGCCAUCAUCGUGUACAGAUUGCCAUGGACCUGGAAGUGCAGCAAGUUCUUGAUGAAAUCCAUCCACGCCGGGUUAAACGCUGUGGCUGCCAUCCUGGCCAUCAUCUCGGUCGUGGCCGUGUUUGAUUACCACAAUGUCCGAAAAAUCCCCCACAUGUACAGUCUGCACAGCUGGGUUGGACUGACAGUUCUCAUACUCUACAUCCAACAGCUUGUUGUAGGCUUUUUCAUCUUUCUGCUUCCAUGGGCUCCGCCCUCCCUCCGGGCAAUCGUCAUGCCCAUACAUGUGUAUUCUGGACUCCUCCUCUUCGGAACAGUGAUUGCCACGGUCCUCAUGGGAGUGACGGAAAAGCUGUUCUUUGUCCUGAAAAAUCCUUCGUACCAUUCAUUCCCACCAGAAGGUGUUUUUACAAAUACCCUGGGCCUUCUGAUUCUGGUAUUUGGAGCCCUCAUCUUUUGGAUUGUCACCAGGCCACAAUGGAAACGCCCUAGGGAACCAGGCUCUGUCCCUCUUCAGCUAAAUGGAGGCAACGCAGACGGAAUGGAGGGCGCCAUAGCAAUAAGCUCCGCCCACAACAUGGACGCUGCAGACGCAGAGUUAAGCAGCGAGGGAGCAGCCCGGAAAAGAACCCUCGGCCUUGUUGACACUGGCCAGAGGUCCACCAUGUGAAAUGUUGAUGCAGCCACGUAACUUCUCUUCCAAAGUCAGCCCUACGAUUUAGCUUCUCCUACCUAGCCCUAGGCCGAUGUAUAUUGUGGUAACCAAGGAGGUUUUCCUGAGAGCGAUUGUGUUGACUGAGGCCUGUAAACUUACCAAAUGUAAAAGGACACGAUCAAUAUAA